ACUGGGUCUCAGAUUUAAGUGCGUUUCAUAAGUUUUCAGACCGUGCAGACGGAAAACAUGUCUAAAGUCACUUUUAAAAUUACCCUGACGUCGGAUCCUCGGUUACCCUACAAAGUAUUAAGUGUACCUGACAGUACACCAUUCACCGCUGUGCUGAAGUUUGCAGCAGAAGAGUUUAAAGUGCCAGCCGCAACCAGUGCCAUUAUUACAAAUGUUGGCAUCGGAAUCAAUCCAGCACAAACAGCAGGAAACGUCUUCCUAAAACAUGGAUCGGAGCUUCGAUUCAUUCCCCGAGAUCGAGUUGGAGCAGGUCAAUGUCCGACGAGUGUCUGAACAAUCAGGGAUUUUUCAACAUCGUGGAAAAGACAAAGAUGCUUGUUUAUUUAUUUUCCAGUCCUGAGCUGUUAGUUUGCUUUUUUUUAAACAGAAGCAGCAAAAUCCCACCCCAGUCAUCCAUUCAUGUGGACUUUCUCCCCCUCAGUGAUUCAUGUUUACUGGACAAAAGACUUCCAAAAAUGUUUUUAGUUUGUUUAUUAAUAAUUCAAAUAAACACGUUUUUGGCACAUUAUUCGCUUAAUUUGAUACAUGCUGUAUGUGACGUUUGGACGUUUGUUUUGUGAUUUUUCUGUCUGCUUCCUUUCUCUUCUGCCCUGCCCCUGGUUUGUUUUGUAUUUGGGGCUCCGAUUUAAGUGCGGUUCAUAAGUUUUGAACUAUUACUUUGUUUUUCUAAUUAAAAGACUGCCUUUUGAAAUUCAUCC